UCUAACUUUCGUAUCUUCAUCAAAAUUUUACCAAGAAAUAAGCUGAAAUCCAUUUUGCGGAAGUCCUUAAAUAUGGAGUGUAACCUGCUAAUUAACUCAGUUGGGUCAACCAACUUACCUAGGUUCAUGGUGGAAAAUAUCAAUGUUCGAGGAAAUAUGGCUUCAUACAAUACAAGAAUUGGUUUUCAUAGGAUGCAUAAAUCAUUUCUAGUCCCUACUUGGAAAUACAAUAUCCCAGGUACCUCUUGGAAAAUAUUUUGUGCCCCUGAAAAUUUGGAGCAGCAAUUUUCAGUGGUAGCAUCAAAGAAAAGAGCAGAGGUUGGUGAGUCUGAUCCUGAGGCUUCACCUGAAAAAAUCCCUGCAAAAACUUUGAGUAGCGAUGAGUUGAAGUUACUGCUUGCCGAUGCUGAAAGAUUAAAGAUUCUCAAGAAAUUGAGUGAAGCCAAUCAAUAUAAUCGGUUACUUAAGCGAGAGUUGCAAGAUAAGGAGGAUGUGCUGGUUAAUUUCAAAAGUGAACUUGCAGUCGUCGAACUUGAGAUUCAGGCUUUGGUUAGAUUGGCCGAAGAAAUCGCUAAAUCUGAUAUCCCAGUUGGUUCAAGAAAAAUUAAGGGGAGAUAUAUCCAGUCGCACCUAUUUUCACGUUUGGGAGCCAUACAAGAAAAAUUGACAGCGCAAAUAAAGGAUGUGGAAGUUGCACAAUCCAAAGAGGUUCCUUUAUCCUGGGUUGGGGUAGCAGAGGUUUUUCUUGGAUUGCUCCAUGUCACUGUCCUUUUUAAGAGUGUACAAGUAAUGGGUUCCUUUGAUGGUUGGAGUCAAGGAGAGCACUUAUCGCCCGAGUACACUGGAUCUUAUAUGCAUUUUUCAACUACAUUGUUCCUAAGACCUGGAAGGUACGAAAUCAAGUUCUUGGUAGACGGAGAGUGGCACCUAUCCCCUGAACUCCCAAUUACUGGAGAGGGGUUAACUGAGAACAAUUUAUUGAUUGUGGAAUAGCUCCUGUAGCUAGCAUACAAUGUAUAUGUGCUGAAAAUCUGCUUUGGGAUGAAAGAUGAACCUAUUAAGCAUGGAAUAGCUCGUGUUGUCAGCAUGCCAUGUCUAUCUGCUGAAGGUCAGUGCUCUAAGUGUGAAUGCCUUCUCUUGAGGAUGCCGAUUUCAAGCGUGCCAAUUUAUGUAAUGAACUUUUGGGAAAAUACCAUAAAUGUUAAGUAAGCAUUUAAGCAAUGUUCUUGUAGAUAUGAUAAGAUAACUACUCACUAGCUUUUAUGUCUUACUAAAUUAUUAAGGCAAAAUACAUACUUUACCCAUCGACCUUGUACUCAAA